CAGCUCUGAGGCUCCCCCUUUGCUCCAAUAGACAGGAGCGACUUUGGGCUGUAUAAUCGUCAAAUUCUUACCUCGCCCUUUCACUGCUGGCAGGAUCAGAUUACAUUUCUUUCACUAUUCUCCACUCCCCAGUUCCUUGAUCUGUUUAAAAGAAGUAGAAAAGAUAAUCCUCUCUUCAACGCCUGGAAGGGAAAACAAAAUAACCUCAACUCGGCUUUGAAAAAAAUCUUUCCAAGAACUUUCUUCAGAGAUUUUACUCAGAUGAUUUAUACAAUGAAGAAAGAACAGAUUUUUUGGGUGUCUGUGUAUCUGCUGCUUAAUUGUGCCUCUGCCCUUCUUAGUGCUGUCCUUGAAGCUGAAGAAUAUACAGAUAUUACAGAUGUUGAGUUGCCACCACUGAAACUUUUACAUUCAUUUUGUGCUUUGAAAGCGGAUAAUGGCCCAUGCAGAGCAAUGAUUACACAAUUUUUUUUCAACAUUCACACUCAACAGUGUGAAGAAUUUAUGUAUGGGGGAUGUGAAGGAAAUCAGAAUCGAUUUGGAAGUCUGGAAGAGUGCGAAGAAAAAUGUAUGAGAGUUUAUCCACAGGCCAAGACAGAGACAACAUUAGAAAAAGAAAAGCCAGAUUACUGCUUUUUGGGGGAAGACAGUGGAGUCUGUCGAGGUUAUAUAACUAGGUAUUUUUAUAACAAUGAGUCAAAGAAAUGUGAAGAUUUCAAGUACGGUGGGUGCCUUGGCAAUCAAAACAACUUUGAAUCACUGGAUCAAUGCAAGCAAACCUGUGAGAGUUUAGUGAAUGAUCUUCAGUUGGAACAAGCUGUGAAUAAUACAGUACUGCCUGAGUCUACGGGUAGUACAAUACCAUUUAAUCCUGUGAAUAGUCUGACAACGCUUGAUGUUACAAAUACUGUGUCCCCGCCUGAUUCUGUGAAUAAUGAUUCCAUCACUCCCCAGCCUACCAAGGUUCCCAGCUUUUUUGAAUAUCACGGUCCUUCCUGGUGUCUGACUCCAGCAGACAGAGGAUUGUGUCAAGCCAAUGAGAGCCGAUUCUACUACAAUUCAGUCAUUGGGAAAUGCCGCCCAUUUAAGUACAGUGGAUGUGGAGGGAAUGAAAAUAAUUUUAUUUCUAAAAAAGCAUGUCUUAGGACUUGUAAGAAAGGUUUCAUCCAAAGAAUAUCAAAAGGAGGAUUAAUUAAAACCAAAAGAAAAAGAAAGAAGCAGACAGUGAAAAUAGUAUAUGAAAAAAUUUUUGUUAAAAAAAUAUAAAU